GUUUUUUCUAAAUGACAAUUUUCAUUUUUUUAUUUUAUCUAAGAACUAGAUAAUAAUUUUUGUUUUUUAUGAAGUUAAGGAAUUUAAAUCUGACCUUGAGACCACUGAACAAGGUUGUAGAUUUAACGAAUUAAAACAAAAGAAAAGCAGUGAACUCAUUGGAUUUAAAAAUAUAUCAAAACUAAAUAAUGUAACUAGAGUAAUGGAUGAAUAUUUGAAGAAUUAUUUCAAUAAAUUUAUUAAAAUAAUUCAUUUUCUAAUUCAAAAUGAACAUUAUCAAAAAGAAAUUGACGUGUACACGAAAAAACUAUGUAAAAAGGUGACUAGUAGUCCUAGUAAUGAGCAAUCACCGUUCAAUGAAGUGAAAUUCACUCAACAAGAGAAUAAUAAUGUAUUCCCCUAUUGCUUCGGCAUUUUAACUGAAAAAAUUCAAAACAAUUCAACCAGUUUACGACCAAAACGUGAUGUUGUCAGAUAUGUGUUAGAUGAAUCACAGACAAUGAAUAGUGGGAUUACAAGUAGGCUGCCAGGUAGGCAUAAACUGAAGAAAACUGAUCAUCAAGCGCAUAAUGAAAGAAAAAAGAAUGGAGGCUUACAGACGAUACAACAGAAGAAUGCAACAACGGCGCUUGAAGAAGCAUCCACUGCCCUGGAUGCUAACUCGAACAAGAAACACGAGGCUAGUACAAGUAAAGCCGGUUUAUUUUCUGCUAUUGCAGCAAGUACACCUAAAAGUGAAAAGAAAUCGGUUAAAGAGAAAGAUACUGGUAAAGGUGUAGCCUCUAUGAAGAAGCCAACAGAAGCUGAAGACGACCACCAUGAGGAGGAUAGUGCACAUGUUGGAAAGGAGAAAAACCUCUUGAAACGAUUUAAAAAACAAAAAUCUAAACAACCAAAGCAAUCACCAACAGACAAUACUGAGAUAACAACAGGUGACCAAGAUGAUAUUCACAAAAAAGUUCUAGGCAAAAGUCGGCUAUUCAAAUCGGAUGAAGAAGAUAAGAAUGGUAAACAUAAAAAUAAAAAACACACUGCAGAUCAUGAUGAUAAUGAUGAUGAUGAUGAUGAUGGUGGCGAUAAUGUCAGUGAUGAUGAGAUUCCAUCAGAGCAUGAUAACAAACGAAAAACUGAGCGGUCAUCUAAGAUACAACGUGAAGUUGACAACAAAAAUGGGAAGGAAGAUUUAAAAAUGCGAAGUCAUCUUCUCAAGUCGAGUCAUGAUGAAAAAGACAAAAAGAAGAGGAGUAAGCCGGAUAAAGACGCUGAUGUUGACGAGGAUACUAGGCGAGUGGAUAAGGCUAAAAGUCAUAAAGAGAAAAAAGAAGCAGAAGAAGAAGCGGUGAAGGGUGAUGUUGAUGACCAGCGUAAACACACUGUUAAACUCUCUAAAAAGAGACAAAAACGUCAAGAUGAUGAAGGCGAUGAGGAUGCUGAGGAUAAGGAACACACUAAGAAACAUCACGACACGGCUUACGAUAAGAGAAAAAGGCGGAGACAGAAAUUCACGUCAUCAUACGUUGACAGCGACGAAGAUGAUAUCCAUGAUGAGGAGCAUAGCAUGAAAAGAAAAAUGACUAAGGCUAAAACUCGUGGGAAGCACAAGGUUUCGCCAAGAUCAAGAUAUGACUCCUCUGAUGAUAAUGAUGACGAUGACGAUGUUGACCAGCGUGAUGAUUUUGAUGAUGACGAAGAAAGGAAACACAAAACUCAUCGGAAACCAGAUCGAAAAAUAAAAGACAAGUUCAAGUCUAGAGAAAAACAUGAAUUUAGCCACAAAAGAGAGGAUAAAAAGCACACCAAAAAGAGGCACACCGAAAAAGGCUACAAAAGCUCAAGUGACGAGUCUUCAAGUGAAGAUUCUUUUAGUUAUUCAAAACACGAGAAACAGUGCAAGUGUGGUUGUACAGCAUCACAUGACACCACUUCACUAAGAAUUCAUUGUCAUCCAGACUUCUAUCGUGAUUACCGGCCAAGUCAUCGCCGUCAACAUGAAUACCUUUGUCAUGUGAAAGAAUCACCUCCAGCCUACCUACAUCAGUGUAAAGAUACUGAAGAAGAUGAUGAUAUCUUGGGAACAUUAGAACAGAUAUGUUCAGAUAGACGUAGACAUUAUAAAGAACGCUGUUGUACCGAUUCAUCAAGACGAAAACGCUGGAAUAGACACAAUAAGUCGGUUGACCUUAAACGCUACUUAUCUCCACAAACUGUGAAACUUUUAAAAGCUGUUGAAAAACCAUCUACACUUGAUGGUUUAUCAAUGACUCGUCUUGAAAAAAAAUUGAAACAAAGAUUACCAAUGCGAUCAAAAGCCGAUUUAACGCUAAUUGACAGGGAUGACUGUUAUAGGUGUAAUACUAACAGAGAAUUAUCUGAUAACAUCCCGCAUAAUAACCAGGUAAAUUCAGAUUGUCUAAGACCUCAACAAUUACAGCCGAAUACAUAUCAAAAUCCAACCAAUAUGCCAGCAUGGUGUCCUCCAGUUCUACCAGUCCUAUCUCCACCACGUGUUUUAGUCAAACAAAUUCCAGUGCCUGUUGUCCUGCCACAAUGCACUACUAUUCCAACAAAUCAGUCAACAGUCUAUCCAUAUCCAAUGCCACCAACAAAUCCGAAUUAUUUUAACCCGUCUGUUGCUCAACAAAUGCCACAUUAUGCUGUACCACCGUAUUGUCAGUAUCCAUGA